UGCCCGUCCCCCGCCAUUUCGCACCGGGACGGGAAGGGACGGGAAGGGGCGCGGAGCGGGAAGGCACAGCGGGGGAACAGCGGGGGAAGGGGCGCCGGGCGGCCACGGCGGGCUCCGGCAGCUCCCGCGGCACCGCCACACAGGGAGGGAGCUGCUUCCCGGUGUAAAUAGUGGGAGGAACGCGAGGCUGGAUGAGAACGCACAGGCAGCAUCCUCGUUAGUGGGAGCCCGGCUCUGCUUUAAUGUUGGUUUCUUUGUCGUCAGGUCUGCUAAAAAAAUGACAGAAUAUAAACUUGUUGUGGUUGGAGCUGGUGGUGUAGGGAAGAGCGCCCUGACAAUACAGCUAAUCCAGAACCACUUUGUGGACGAGUACGACCCCACAAUAGAGGAUUCCUAUAGGAAGCAAGUAGUAAUCGAUGGAGAAACCUGCCUCUUGGAUAUUCUGGAUACAGCAGGUCAAGAAGAAUACAGUGCAAUGAGGGACCAGUAUAUGAGAACAGGGGAAGGCUUCCUGUGUGUGUUUGCUAUAAACAAUACAAAGUCUUUUGAAGAUAUUCACCAUUAUAGGGAACAAAUAAAGAGAGUUAAAGACUCUGAAGAUGUCCCAAUGGUGCUAGUAGGAAACAAAUGUGAUUUGCCUUCCAGAACAGUAGACACAAAACAAGCUCAGGAUUUAGCAAGAAGUUAUGGAAUUCCUUUCAUUGAAACAUCAGCAAAGACAAGACAGGGUGUUGAUGAUGCCUUCUACACAUUAGUCCGAGAAAUCAGAAAACACAAAGAGAAGAUGAGCAAAGAUGGUAAAAAGAAGAAAAAGAAGACAAAGACAAAGUGUAUAAUUAUGUAAAUACAAUUUAUCCUUAAGAAGUACUGAAGUAAUUUUGUACAUUACACUAAAUUAUUAGCAUUUGUUUUAGCAUUACUUUACUUUCUGCUUCAUGAUCCUGUUAGCUUUACCUGAAUGCUUGUUUUAAAUGACAGUGGAAACUUCAUUCCUCUUAAAAGUGCCAGUAUUCUUUGACUGUUGGUUCUUGAACUAGCAAUGCCUGUGAAAAAAACAAACAAAAAACCAGAAAACAAACAUUAAAAACCACACAAAAAAACCUGAGAACUGUCUUAGGACUCUUUGGUGCAUGCACAGUUGCUAACUUCCUAUUUUUCUUACUGAUUGUGAACUUCCGUGUGCAAAGCAAACAAUUAAAUGAUGCUCUACACAUUCUAACAUCCCCUGUAAAUUUUUUGGGUUUAUAAAUCUGGUUGGGAAAAAGGACUAGUUAGCAAAAGAGACUCUCAUUUCAGCCUUUCCUUUACUUUAGACUGAUUAUUGCAAUAGAGACCAGAAGCCUUUAUAGUCUUCCUGUAGAUUUUUGCUUCUAGGCAUCUAGUCUUGUAGCAUUUCAGAUCAACUUAAAUGAAUGUAAAGAUAAAAACUUUCAGAAAAAAAAAAAAGUUUCACUGCAAUUUGUCACAGUCACUCCUUAAAGACUCUAUUUUUUCUAAAAAAAAAAAAAAAAAAGAAAAAAUGAAAAAAAAAGACAGCAAUGCACAUCUGGCAAUGGAAAAAGUAAAAGUUCUAAUUAGGUUGAUUUGCUAUUGUUAAUGCUUUGCUUUAAGACCUUCACUGACUUUUUGUGUCUGAAGACCGAGGUGAAAUCCCCCCCAGUGUCAAACCUUUAAGUAGCUUUGUUCUGUAGGUGCAGGAUUUCACCCUUAGUGUCUCUAGGAAAUACUAAAAAGCCUUAACAGAUAAAUUGAUUCAAAUUCUUAGGUUAAUUCAUACAUGGAUCCAGAAUUUACCAUAAGAAUUAAAUCAGAAUUAAUCCUAAAUUAUAUAGUGGAGUAAAACCAUUCUUUCCCCCACCCCCCCAAGAGUGGCAUUAAAUAUUUCCAGAUGCCCAAGUUUUGUGUAAAAUAGGGGAGAGAUCUUAAAUUCUAGUAACAUCAAAUGAGUGAAUGAAUGAGUUGAAUUUAGCUGCUUCAUGCAAAUAAUUUGGGAAUCCACUAUUCCACGGAAAUGGUGUGGAAUUUGCACAAACUGUCAGCAUGGUUUCCAGAGUCAGUGUUGUUUGUGUGAUGUCCGUGAAGUACUAGUUUUGUUGCACAGAUUUAAUGGUUGGUGAGUGGCAUUCCAGUGUCUAUCAUGAAGCUAGGCCAAGAUUUUAAUGUUGUCUUUCUCUGUGAUUAAGUUCUCUUGUGAUUUUUGUUUUCCCUUCCCCUCCUUUUUUUUUUGUUUUGUUUCAUUUUGUUUGUUUGUUUACUUUGUUUUCUGAUUGGAAUUAACGCAAGGAUUUUUGUAGGAGCUUUCACUUUUUGGUACUGCAGUAGCCUAGUUAUUCUGCACUGAAGUACGAGCCAGUAGUCCCAGUGUUGCCAGUUCCUGUUGUCUCGCUGUAAAUGUGGAGUUGUUUGUUCCAUUAGAGCUUUGGUCCCUGAAGGUUCACUUCUUCAUAGUAGCCAAACUCAGCUGCAGAGGAACAUCUGAAGACGUGGCUCUAGUUCAGGACACUGGACUGGAAAGCUGGGAACAGGGAAGAGCAGCAUUGCCCUAAGGUACACCUAAACAAUUCCAUGGAAGUUUUACACAGGUAUGUAAAAAUUGCACUGUGUAACUCGGACCAUUUGUGUGAUGCCAAAGGUGCAGCUGCCCGAGAAAAGUAUUAUUUUGCUUCUACAAAAAAAAAAAAAAAAAAAAAAUCCCAGAGUGACUGUUGGAGGUGGAGAGCUGCAAAGCUGGCAGGGAACACAUCCUGUGUGUUCUUUAAUUUCUAUGUGGCUGAGGGAAAUCGUGGUUUCCCCCACACCCUUCACCAAAACCCAAAGCCCCCUUCCCUCCUUUCAGCUUCGGUGUGAAACGUAGAUAAUGAAAUAUUCUGAAAAACAGCAACAGGAGAACCUAAUGUUGUACUGUAAGGACCAAUAGGAACGGAUUCUUGAUGCCACAAAGUGUUUCAGAGCUUCCAGGGUUAAAAUGUGUUGGAGACGGUUAUUUGCACAUUUUAGGCACUCUUGACUAUACAUGAAGAACGUAGCAAAAAUGAUAGUAUGCCUUGAGCAAAUGGAAGUAAUCUUAAGGUUGCUUUAAUUUUGGUAACUGAGUCACACUGCAUGUAAAAUUAGGGCUGGUCUAAAAUUCUGACGUUCAUUUAACCAAAAACUCCUAGGAAAUUGUAGCUGAAAUGUCUUAUUCAUCGAAUGUGGAUUUAUAUAGCUCUACUAUAAAGCUAUAUAUAAGCUAGUGUUGGGGUUUUUUUCUCAGCAAAUGUGAUCUGUAGCUGCCAGUCUGAUUAAAUUAGUACAAAAUCCAUUCAGAUUAGCCCUUAUUUACUUAAAAAAAAAAAAAAAAAGCCCACAACCAACCCCCCAUGCUUUCCCAGAACAUCCCUGGGUGCUUGUCUGUCCUGAGAGCAACUACUGAACGAGCCUGCGAGUCACUGACCACGUUCACACGUGGAAUUCUCAUGUGUCAGGGAGUACUUCUUACUUCUUACAUCAGCUUUAUGUGACCCUGCUGAACACCUGCACCGUUGGUUUGCUCCAAACUCAAUUCUUCUGACCAGUUUCACUGCCCUAAACUUUUUUUUUUUGCUAACUGAGAAGUGUGGACUUGGUCACAGUAACAGGAUCUCUGCAGUGGGUAAAUACUGACACACACAAUCUUCUGCUCUUGUCUGUACUAUGAAGCAAUACAAUUAUUACCUUCAAAGACCAUCAAACUGUAAAACAAAUCAUUUUGUCUCAAGUUUACAUGAAGCUACGUAGAUGGUAAAUCUUUCCUAACAUUUCUUUAUUCCACUGUCUUGUGUUUUCAUGUUGAAAAUACUUCUGCUUUUUCCUCUUGAGUGCCAACUUCUUACUAGAAUGACUUCUUAAUGUAAUAUGUUUACCUGGAAUGUAUUUUAACUAUUUUUGUAUAGUGUAAACUGAAACAUGCACAUUUUGUACAUUGUGCUUUAUUUGAUGUGGAACAUAUGCAGUGUGAUCCAGUUUUUCCAUAAAUUGGUUGUGUGACCUAGGAAUGUUGGUCAUGCCAGACAUUAAGUUAAAAAAAAAGGAAAAAAAAAAAAAAAAAGACCACUGUUUGUUUUAAAAUUUUUAAUGUUUUUAGGAGUACGUGCUGUGAGGUGAUCUGGAAUUUGUCAUUUUUUUGUCAAACUGUACUGCUCCUAUUUAUUGUAAUGUAAUAAAAAAUAGUUAUUGUGA